CCCCGCGGGAAGGAAAGCAACUUUUGACAAGAUGUCAACCGCUGAUGAAAGCAACACUGUGAACACAGUGGAUUCCGAGCUUUCCACAGAGAACUCCAGCAAUGAUUCGGAUAUGAAUAAAGACGAACCUGAAGUGAUGGAAAUGGAAUGCAAGCCAUCGAGAGGAAGAGACAGUAUCAAGAGGACCUCAGCAGCAUCUGAAGACAAUGUUCCCACAGUGUUGGCUCUCCAGCUGGCUGUGGCAGAAGGACCGGACCGACUUCCUGCUGACAAGAACACACAGGAAGUCCUCUGCGGGAAGCUACGCAUGCUGGAGGCUGACCUCACCAAAAUCACAACCCUGAUUGAUGAAUUUUCAGCUCAUUUGGUGUCUGUCAACAGCGAGGAAAGGACUAUAUAUAUCACUUUUAAAACAUUUGAGGAAAUAUGGAAGUUCACCUCCUACCACAAGAUGGGUUUUGUGGGUCAGUCUUUGGAGAAUCUUCUUUUGGAACAGGAGUUCUGGUUGACCACUUUAGACCAAGAGCAUUCAGGAAUUGAGGUGUCGUUUAAAGAGGAGACACUAAAUCUAAUGUACAAAGGCUUUUUAAUGCAAGAAGGCUCUUUUUUUGGGAGCUGUACGGUUAAUCAGAUGUUCGACAGCUCCACAUCAGGCAGUGACCUUUACCUGGAGAAGGGGGACAUCGCUCUGUUUGAGCCUCCUUUCCUAGGCUCAGGAUGGACUGUGCUGUCCUUGGCAGAUGGAUCAAGAGGAACUAAACCGAGGCCAGCCCUGGAACCAGUCAUUCCUUUUCAUGAGUGGUUUCUGAAGUCCUGUCCUGAGAGUGUUUUGGUUGGCAGUGGAAAGGCAGGCUGCAAUCUCCCAUUCCAAAUGGCUGUAGGGAUCUGCGAGGCAACAGAACUGUAUGAUGGUAACGGACCAGACGAGCUGAGUUUUGAGGCUGGUGAUCGCAUCAUCAUCCUAGGCCUACUAGUGACCUGCUUUGAGUGGUUUAUGGGCAAGCUGGAGCGGACUGGUGAUACAGGACUUGUCAGGACGACCCUGGUGAAAGCAACAGAUUCUCUUUGUGAAUCAGAGGAAAUUUUUUUGAAAGACGAGGAUAGAACAAUCUUUAACCUGAACCAAGAAAAGAUCAAGGAGGAAACAAUUGCUUUUCUGAAGAAGACAUGCCAAAGUGAUGCUGCUACUGUCUACAAACUUGAUUUGGCAAAGCCAGAAUCAUUUCAAAAUAAUUCCAAUGCAGACAUUGUUGAUCAUGUUGAAAUGUACGCAGACCUGAGAAGAAAAAUCACCAGCGUUUUGAUUGAGACAAAGGAGCCAAAUAGAAGUGAGAGCUUGCUGGGCAGUGCUGGUCUCCAGACUGAUUCAAAGUCCACCGAGAAAGAGUCAUCCCAGGAAAUCCCUCAUUUCACUGUGUGUUUAGAGCAGGGUGGUUCCAGCCCAGAUGGACACCAUUCCCUCCUGUCCUUCCUCAGCAGCUGUGACCACCGGCCAGAGUACCAGCUCCUCUACAGUGCCUACCCGGAGUUCCUCCUGCUGCACUUUGAGGGCCAUUCUGAUGAGGAGGAGCUGGUGGCAUACAUAAGUGAUGCUCGGGAAACAGCAAGAAAAAAACGCAUGUCUUGGGCACAAAGUAGACUCUGCUUUCUUCUGGGACAGCUCUGUGCGGGCAGGUCCAAAUUCUCCCAAGCUCGGGUCUAUUAUGAAGAAGCCUUGAGUGUACCCAGAGACUAUUUCACAGACAUGCACCUUCUCUCUGCUCUCUAUUCCAACCUGGCCCUCAUCUAUCUCACUCAGAAAAACACAGAUAAGUAUUUUGCCCUGUCUGAACGCUACACUGCUUUAUUGAUGGCAGUCUGUGACUGUUUAUCUGGCUCAGAAGACCCUGAUGUUUUAAAGUUUGCAUUAAAAAAGGCGAUUCUGUCUGGGAACAAGCCAGCAGAAGCCCGGCUCUGCCUCCUGUUAGCCAAGCUCCAUUUGAAGCUUGGAGAGGGCAUGAACGCCUUGCCUUUCCUUGAACGGCUGCAGAUUUUAGCUGAUGAGAUACCAGGAGCCUGUGAGAAGAUAAGGAGCCAUGGUUUCUUACUCUUAGCGAGGCUUUUUAGUGACCAUCAUCUUACUCACCUGGCUGAGAGCUCAGCAAGACAAGCAUGUAUACAGGUGUCAUCCUCUGUCACUGACUGUUUCUGUAGCAUCUCUCUGCUGUUGGAGAACGCUCAGGAGUUGUAUGGAGUUGACAUCCCGACACAAGUGGCCCCGUGUUUGAUGCGAGCUGCUGCUAUAAUGUCUGAUAGUUUGGAAACCAUUAUGGAAGCCAGCCUGGCUCAUGCUCAUGCGCUGUGCCUGUCAUGGCUUUUUCAGGAGCAUGGCAUGCCUGACAGAGCUAUUCACUACAUGUGCAGCCUCUUCAUCCACGCAUCUGCUUCCAGCCUCAGCCAGCAUGACACCAGCAGUUCUCUCAUAUGGCUGGCCUGGCUGCAUAUCUGUGGCCUGCAGCACCGUGCUGCACUGGAAAUACUGGAUGCAGUGCUGUCCACUCUCCCUGAGCACUGCACCACCCAGCUGGAAGGGGUGGUCUACAACAUGCGGGCCAUCGCCCUGAGGCAUUCCGGCAAUGUGAAAGAGGCUGCUGAGGGUUUCCAGGCUGCGGCUGAAGUCUCCGAGGAGUUUGAAGACAGGAGCAACUGGGCCAUAGCCCUGGCCAACUUUGGCUUCUUGUGUCUACAAGUGAACGCCAAGAGGCUGGCUGAAGAGCACCUCACACAGGCAGUGGAGCUGUUCUCUGAGUUAGAGGAUGAUGAAGGCCAUGCACUGAGCUUUGGUGCUGUGCUUCUGGAGCUGGGAAAGUUCUACGUGUCACAGGGUUUCUGUGAGAAAGGGAAAAUCUGCUAUGAGUGGGCCUUGCUGAUUGCCAUCCUCAAUGAUAGCUCAGAGAGUCAGCUGCAAGCCACCCGUCAACUGUGUCACCUGUAUGGAGAAGUUUGCCCAGAUGAAGCACAAUGCAUCAUAUAUAAUGAGCACCAGCUGAACCUGCUGCACCAGAGAGGAGACAGAACCCUGGAGGGGGAGAUACUGGAGAAGAUCAGUCAGCUGUAUCUGAGCCUGGGCACAGAGAGGGCAAACAGAACUGCACUGGACUACACCAAGAGAAGUCUGGGGAUCUUCAUUGACCUGGGGAAGAAGAGGAAGGAGGCUCAUGGUUGGCUACAGGCAGGAAAAAUCUACCAUAUCCUCCAGCAGAGUGAGCUGGUGGACCUUUAUGUACAGGUUGCACAGGACAUUGCUCUGAGCACAGGAGAUACACUCUUCAUCCUGGAGCUGCUAGAAGCAGCAGGUGAUGUGUUCUUCAACAGUACACAGGAAAGAGAGAAAGCCAUCUGCUUUUACAGGGAUCGUGCUCUCCCCAUCGCGGUAAAGUCGAGCAGUGUGCGUUCUCAGCUCAGGCUGUGUAAUAAGCUAGCCGAGUUGCUGCUACAGUUGGGACAGUAUGUGGAGGCUGUGGAAUAUGCACAGACCGCACUGGACAUGAGCAUAAAUCUUGCUGACCGUUUAAAUGAGCGAGUGGCGUUUCAUCGCCUGGCUACACUGUAUCACUGUCUGAGUCGGUUUGAGAUGGCAGAGCAUCACUUCCUGAAGGCCCUCUCCCUGUGUCCUUCACCCCUGCAGUUUGAUGAAGAAGCUCUUUACUACGUCAGGGUGUAUCAGACACUAGGGGAUAUCAUCUUCUAUGAUUUGAAGGAUCCAUUUGAUGCAGCUGGUUACUACCACUUAGCCCUGGCAGCUGCUGUGGACCUGGGCAAUAAGAAAUCCCAACUGGAGCUCUGCACUCGCCUGGCCACUAUUUACCACAACUUCCUGAUGGACCGUGAUCUGUCCCUUCAGUUUUACCAGCGCGCACGAGCCUUCGCCUCUGACCUCAACAUCCGCCGCAUCAACCUGGCUCCAGAUCAGAGCUUCAGCACUACAUCCCAGUACAAAAUCCCAGCCUUGCAGGCAUCGAAAGAGACCUGAACUGUUCUUCACAGCUUCUUUAAACUGACUUGUAUUUGAGAGUCUGUGUUUACUUUCUUCUAGCAAAUUUUGCUUACUGCUUGAUUUUCUAAUGUCUGUGUUUUUGUAAUCAACAUACCCCAGUAGUGAGAAAAUGCUACUGUCAUUGCAUUGAUGAGCAUCAAACCUGUGUUUUUUCCCCAGUCAGUUUUAGUUGGAGCGUUAUCCAGAUGAUGAAAUGUAAAUGUAUGGCACAAAUCACAGAAUGACUUUUUACAAAUAUAUAUAAAAAAUAAUUAAUUAAAAAUAUAUGGAAUUUUUAUUUAAAUGCUAUUUUCUAGUUCAGAGCCUAAUGACAUAGUGGUUUUAUUUAGAAAUAAAUUAACAUUUUAUUUAUUUUAAAAUGUGAAUUCAAUGGCACACAUACAUGCACACACACACAAACAAUUGCUUUAUUGUGUUUAAUGCAACACUCUCCGUAAAACCUUUAUUUAGCAAAUUAAGAGUUUGUAAAAAUCUUAUAACCAUUGACUAAAUUAUGAUAUUGUAAUAAAAUUUUUGCGAGCCCAGUAGAACACAUAAAAAUGCAUUGGGUCAUA